AGCGGCGCGGGGCGGGCGCUGCCCCUUGACUCCCACAGUGAGCAAAGCGAGCUCUGGAGCUAUGGAAGUCUUCGAUGUCUACAGCACAGAUGAUCUCCGGAGCUUUUUGAAGGCUAAAACCGCAGAAGGCUGGGAAGUGGUGGGAACUGUCAGCACACCUGAGGAUGUGGAAAAUGUUCCUGUCAUCAGUUGCUUGGAAUUUCAGUGGAAUAAACCCGUCAUUAUAGUAAUAGGUAGUGAAGGUGAUGGACUUUCCCUGGAGACACAGCUCUUGUGCCAUCGGAUGCUGGCCAUACCCCCUGGCAGAGCGCUUCACCCCGGCAUCGAGUCACUGAACGUCUCCGUUGCUACUGUCCAAAUUCUUGUAUUCAAAAAUCACGCGACCAUCCAGGCCUGA